AUGCCUCCUUCUUCCAUGGAGAUAGCCGUCCUGCUGCUCGGCGUCCUGGCUCUGGAGACGCGCCGGAGCGCCACCAGCGCGCAGCACAUCCAACACGCGUUCGCGUCUCCAAACCGCACCAAUAACUUCGCGGUGGACCCGGUGUCCAGGAAAGUCUACCUGGCCACCGUGAACACGAUUUACCAGCUCAACGGGACCUUGAGCGUGGAGGUGGAGAAGAGGACAGGGCCGGUGGAGGACAACCUGUUGUGCCACGCGCCGCAGCUGCCUCAGGCUCCGUGCGAGCAUCCCAAGUCCCUCACGGACAACUACAACAAGCUGCUGGAGCUGGACCGAGACCAGGGGGUCGUGGUGGUCUGUGGGUCUGUCUACCAGGGCUUCUGUGAGCUGAGGAGGCUCGGGAACAUUUCGGAGAUCGCGGUGGAGUUCCCACCUCAGGGCGAGAAGACAGUUUUCCCCAGCAUGCUCAACAUCGCCGCCAACCACCCGAACGCGUCCACGGUCGGACUCAUCUUCAAGAGCCACGGGGGGAACACCCGAAUUCUGGUGGGGGCCACAUACACGGGGGCCGGGACCCAGUUCUUCCCCAAGAACCACAGCAAGGAGGACCUGCGCUUUGAGAACACCCCGGAGAUCGCCAUCCGCUCCCUGAACAUCCAGGACCUGCCCAGACUCUUCACCUACGACAUCAACCCCUCGGAGGACAACGUGUUCAAGAUCAAACAGGAGGUCAAAGCCAAGAACAAGCUCAACUUCGUGCACGCCUUCACCCAGAAGACUUACUCCUACAUUGCCUUUAACAAUGACGCCAAAAUGGGCCACAAGGAGAGCCAGCCCAACAGCAUCCUGUCCAGGAUCUGUCUGGAUACAGAGAGCCCCCGAAAGCCCACCGGGCCGGAGAGCAGGAAGCUCACGGAGUCCUACAUCCAGAUGCCCCUGCAGUGUGGGCCGAGCGGGAACAUCUACAACCGCCUGCUGUCCGUCUACCCCGCAGAGGUGGGCACGGCGGGGGACGCGAGGGGCCCGGAGCCCUACCUGUUCGGGGUGUUCUCCAAGGCGGACAGGACGUCGGCCCUGUGCGCCUUUAGGUUCCGAGACAUCGAGGAGGAGAUCCGACAGGCCCGCAAGAACUGCUCCAACUCCCCCAGCAGCGACGUGCAGGUGCUGGACAGCGUCAUCCAGGGCUCCGGGGCCGCGUGCAUUCAGAAGGGGAACCUGGUGUUGCAGCCCGAGCAGCUGGACUGUGGCGCAGCCCACCUGCAGCACCCUCUGGCCCUCCGGAGACCCCUCAGGGCCAUUCCCCUUUUCGGAGACUCGGGCCUCAGCUCCGUCUCAGUGGACAGCGUGCACGACCACACCGUGGUGUUCCUGGGAACCAGUAAUGGACGACUUCAUAAGCUGACCCUCCGGGCGAACAUGACCGUGGCCAAUAAGAGGACACUGACACUUCUCGCCAGUGAAGCAGUCCACCACAUCAUGACCUUUGACCCCAACGACAGCAACUUUCUUUACGUCAUGACCUCUCACCAUAUGCUGAGAGUGAAAGUGGCACAGUGUGACCAGUGGAAGAGUUGCAGAGACUGUUUGGGAGCAGGAGACGCCCACUGUGGCUGGUGCACCUUAGAGAACAGAUGUACCAUCCAGAAGGAAUGUGUUCGAGGGCUGCUGGCUCGCUCCUGGAUCACUGUGGGCGAAGGUCCCCAGCAGUGUCCCUCCAUCACCCUGACACCUCCGGAGAUCAGCAUCUCUGCCGACAUCAAGGAUGUUGGCAUCCUGAUAAACGGCAGCGUUCCCGAUCUGAUAGGCUCACGGGUGGAGUGUGAGUACUGGCCCGGGGUUUCUACUGCUGCCACGUUACACCUGGAUUAUGGUCCCGCUCAAAUUCAAACGUGUCCCUCACUACCUCGAGAAAACUACCAACCCAUUCCUCCAGGCAAAGAUCACCUGACUGUUUCUGUGGCGAUCAAAGUUAACGGCACGUCUGUUGUAUCUGGGAACUUCAUCAUCUACGACUGCGAGAGGACUGGAGCAAUACACCCAAAGACACCAUGCAUGAGCUGCCUGAGCACGAGGUGGAAGUGUUACUGGGACCAAGAGAACCACCUAUGCCUCUCCAACAAAGAAGAGUCAAAGCCCAACCUGAUAGAAAGUGCAGCUUCCUGUCCCCGCCUAAUCGCCUCAGAGGUUCCUCCAUCGGCAUCAGGAGAGGCCCAGGACUUCACCCUAUCCCUGAGCAACAUCCAGGAGAGGGAGAAGCUGGACUGUGACUUUGGAACAGAGCAGCGCUAUGAGGCCGUGUGGCUGGACAACUCAACUGUCAAGUGCACCGGCGUGACGCUGUCCACCAGUCAGAGGAGUCAGGUUUACCACCUCAACCUCAGGAGGAGAGGAGACUUCAGCAGUCAGAGGAAGGAUAUAUUUCUUGACAGCCCUCAGCCCAUGAAAGUGGAGGUGUACAACUGUGGAGUGGGCAGUUCGGACUGUUCCCAGUGCUGGGGCCGUGAGGAUCAGGGACAUCUCUGUGGCUGGUGUGAAAACAGCUGCAGGCUGAGGGGUGACUGUCAGUCUAUCAGGGACCAGUGUCCUGCUCCUGAGAUCCACAAGAUCUCCCCCCUGAGGGGCCCUGCUGAAGGAGGGACCCUGCUCACAGUGCAAGGCAGGAACCUGGGUCGAAGACCUGCGGGAGUGCACAUCCUGAUAGGCGAUGUUCCUUGUGACCUGCUGCCUGAGCGUUACACCGUCUCCGUAGAGCUCGUGUGCCGCACUGGGAGGGCUGCAUACGACAGGAUGGAGUUUGUCCAAGUGGACGUGAAACAGAGUGGAACAGGAACGUCAAAGGAGAAGUUUUCAUAUUUAGUUCCAAAGCUGCUGUCCAUAGAGCCCGAAAAAGGUUCCUGUGCUGGAGGAACGAGAGUCACCCUCAGUGGAGAACAUUUGGAUAUUGGCUCUCAAGUUAGAGUCAAGGUCAACAACACACUGGAAUGCAACAUCACAGAGAAAACUGAUGAAACGGUUGAAUGCAUCAUGCCUCCAGCCCUGCAGGCUCACGCCGAGUCAGUGCUGGUGUGUGUAGAGUUCGAGGACCAUCCAUGUGAUGGUUUUGAGCUCAGCACCAUAUACACCUACGAGAAGAACCCCACUAUCGUCUCCAUCCAUCCAAAAAGGAGCUUCCUCAGUGGUGGCAGGACCAUCACUGUGACCGGCCAGAGUUUUGAUCUGGUGCAGAGCGUCACAAUGAAAGUGCUGAGAAUUGGGCAAACGCCCUGUGCUGUGCUCUCCCCCUCCACCAUCAUCUGUCCAUCCCCGGCAUCCAGUCAGUCCCAGGAAACCUCAGUGCAGUUCAUCCUGAAUGGAGUCGUCUACUCUGGGGACGGCCCUUCCUCCUCUGUUAAUGAGCCCGAGGAAGAAAACGGGAAACCUCCCAGAGGUAGCUUCCUGUUGGAGUAUGUGGAGGACCCUCAGUUCUUCACCGCCAACAAAGAGAAGCUGAUUAAACACCAUUCAGGAGAGCCACUGACUCUCAUCAUUAAUAAAGUGCCGAGCGACCUGGAGCUGCUGCCUGAGGAAUACUCCGUGAUGAUUGGACCCUAUCCCUGCAACAUCAGCUUCCAUAAUGACCAGCUGUUCCACUGCACCAUGAACGGACUGCUGAGCUCCAGUGAAAGUGAGCUGCCCGUCACUGUGCAAGUGGGGAACUUCCAUAAAAGUAUUGCCAGAGUGCAGCUCGGCGGCAGCGAGCUGGCCAUCGUGGUCUCCAUUGUGGUGUGCUGCGUGCUCCUGCUGCUGUGCACAGUGGCUCUGGUCGUGUACUGCACGAAAAGCCGGCGGGCAGAACGCUACUGGCAGAAAACGCUUCUUCAAAUGGAGGAGAUGGAGUCCCAGAUCAGAGAGGAGAUCCGGAAAGGCUUUGCAGAGCUGCAAACAGACAUGACAGAUCUGACCAAGGAGCUGAAUCGCAGCCAGGGCAUCCCCUUUUUGGAGUACAAACAGUUUGUCACGCGCACGUUCUUCCCCAAGAUGUGUUCGGAUUACGAGAAGAGCCUGGUCCAGCCCACCUAUGAGAAUGACUCUAUGGGACCUCGAGCGCUUCCAGAAACCCACCCCUUGCUGCAGGACUGGCAGGCCACCAACACAACACGGCCUAACGUGGAGGAGGGCAUCACUCUGUUCUCCACUCUGCUCAACAACAAGCACUUCCUCGUCACGUUUGUCCACGCCUUGGAGCAGCAGAAGGACUUUGCUGUUCGAGACAGAUGCAGCCUGGCAUCCCUGCUCACCAUCGCCCUCCAUGGUAAACUUGAGUACUACACGAGCAUCAUGAAAGACCUGCUGGUGGAUCUGAUCGAUGCUUCGGCCUCCAAGAACCCCAAACUGAUGCUGCGCCGCACCGAGUCGGUUGUGGAGAAGAUGCUGACCAACUGGAUGUCCAUAUGCAUGUACAGCUAUCUGAAGGAAACGGUGGGUGAGCCUUUUUUCCUGCUGCUUUGUGCAAUCAAGCAGCAGAUCAACAAGGGCUCCAUAGACGCCAUCACGGGGAAGGCCCGCUACACCCUCAACGAGGAGUGGCUGCUGCGGGAGAACGUAGAGGCCAAGCCACAGAACAUCAACGUGUCCUUCCAGGGCUGUGGCAUGGACUCUCUGUCAGUCAGAGUCAUGAAUACUGACACCAUCUGCCAAGUCAAAGAAAAAAUAAUCGAAGCCUUUUAUAAAAAUCUGCCUUUCUCCCAGUGGCCUCGAGCAGAGGAUGUGGACCUUGAGUGGUUUGACUCGGGCAGCAACAGCAAGCUUCUGCAGGACCUGGACAACUCCUCGGUGAUGGAGGACGGUCGAAAGAAACUCAACACGGUCUUCCAUUACCAGGUCCCAGAGGGAGCAUCGAUGGCCAUGAGCAUGAAAGACAUGAAAGAAAACACCUUGAAUAGAGUUAAAGAUUUGGAUACAGAGAAAUAUGUGCACUUGGUUCUACCUCAUGAUGAGCUAAUAGAGACCAAGAAGUCCCACAGACACAGCCACCGCAAGAAAGUUCUGCCAGAGAUCUAUCUGACACGCCUGCUGUCCACGAAGGGAACUCUUCAGAAGUUCUUAGAUGACCUGUUUCAGGCCAUCCUCAGCAUUCCUCCGGACCGCCCGCCUCUAGCUGUGAAAUACUUUUUUGACUUCCUCGAGGAGCAGGCUGACAAACGGGGCAUCACCGACCCAGACACCCUGCACAUCUGGAAAACUAAUAGUUUACCGCUGCGUUUCUGGGUGAACAUCCUGAAGAACCCUCAGUUUGUGUUUGACAUCGAUAAGACGGAUCACAUGGACGCCUGUCUGUCUGUCAUCGCUCAGGCUUUUAUCGACGCCUGCUCCAUUUCCGACCUGCAGCUAGGCAAGGACUCUCCGACUAACAAGCUGCUGUAUGCCAAGGAGAUCCCAGAGUACAAGAAGAGAGUCCAGUGCUACUACAAGCAGAUCCAAGAGAUGGCCCCUCUCAGCGAGCAGGAGAUGAACGCUCACCUGGCCGAGGAGUCGAGAAAGUACAGAAACGAGUUCAACACCAACCUGGCCUUGACAGAAAUCUACAAAUAUGCCAAGAAAUACAGAAACCAGGUGGUGAACGCUCUGGAGGCCAACCCAACUGCACGUCGCACCCAGCUGCACCACAAGUUUGAUCAGGUCGUUGCGCUCAUGGAGGACAACAUCUACGAGUGCUGCAGCGAAGCCUGAACCUGCCAGUCUCUUCUGCUCGCCAUCUCAUCCCGCUGCCUUCCUCCCGCCUGCACGGUUACUUGGGAGUGCAACUAAGGAGGAAGCGUUCGGGCGUGUCUUUCCCACAGACUGUUACUUUAGCAGCAGAGUAAAGGAUUCAAACCUUAAGCGUCAAACAUGUGUCUCCCAAAUCUUUUCCCACGAAACGAACAGCUACACUUUAGAAGGAACACGUAGGACUUCAGAGCUCUUCCUGGAUGUCUGCACAGUUCUUGGGACCUACAGCAAGCCCUGACGGCAAUCUUUACACACUGAAGCGCCCCUUUUUUGUAAGGGAACGAGCCAAUGAUGCACUGCACUGUAAUAUAAUGUCCAUAGCAAUAUUUAUAGAUGUGUUCUAAUGCUUUCAAGUGACCUGUUCUUCAGGAUUAGUAGGACCACGACAGAUUCCUCUGAUCUCCUAAAGCCUGCAACGUUCUCAGGUCUGCUUGGUGAAGAUGGGUGACGGACUCCCCAUUGGUGCUUUAAACAGUUUGUCCCAGCGUGCUUUGCAGGUUGAUGAUGGGUUGAUGAGAAGAGAGAAGACUAUUAUAAAAAAGACUGAAAACUAUUAAAUGAAAUGUUUUAAUGUAGUUCACUGGGAAGAGCUGCAUCAGUAUACAAGUGUUUAAUCGGUGUGCUUGUGAACGGAUGAGUGUCACGUUGGUUUCUGAUCGAUUUAAAGAGGGAAUUUACAUUGAAGUAAAUGCUGAGCUCUAUAUAAUCUAAGGAGAGACUGUAAUUAUGAUGCCAAAUGAUUUGUUUGUGAAAUAAAUUGCAGGA